AGCUGUCCGCACAUGACGUCAUUCGGUCCACCCAGGGAAACACAUUUCUGAAAGACCGGCUAUAAAAAUACGUUAAAAUAUGCCUCCUACGUCCCCAAACAUUAGCGAGUAUCGUGUGGUACUUCCUAUGACAGUGGAUGAGUAUCAAGUUGCUCAAUUAUGGUCAGUAGCUGAAGCAAGUAAAAAUGAAACGGGCGGAGGUGAAGGUAUUGAAGUUCGUGUCAAUGAACCUUUUGAUGAAACUAAUCACGCGCCCAAGUCAAAGUUAGAGGCUAAUGGUAAAACAUAUACCACUGGACAGUUUACACACAAAAUCUACCACUUAUCAAGUCGAGUUCCAGCAUUUAUACGUUUGAUAGCCCCUAAAGGAUCUCUGGAGAUACAUGAAGAAGCUUGGAAUGCCUAUCCUUAUUGUAGAACUAUUAUAACAAAUCCAGAUUACAUGAAAGAUGCUUUUUAUAUAAAGAUAGAAACCAUGCACAUGGAUGAUAAAGGAAAUAAAGAAAAUGUACAUGGUUUAGGACCAGAAGAUAUGAGAAUUAGAAAAGUUGUACCUAUAGAUAUAGCCAAUGAUCCUAUUAAACAUGACGACUACAAAUUGGAAUGGGAUCCAUCGAAGAACAAAUCAGAUAAAACCGAAAGAGGUCCCUUAGUAGGAAAUUGGCAGGAAAAAGCUGACCCUGUGAUGUGUUGUUAUAAAUUGGUUUCCUGUAAAUUUAAAUGGUUUGGUUUACAGAACAGAGUAGAAAAAUUUAUACAAACUCAAGAAAAAAGAAUAUUUACAAAUUUCCAUAGACAAGUGUUUUGUUGGAUGGAUAAAUGGCACGGUUAUACUAUGGAAGAUAUCAGACGAAUAGAAGAAGAAACAAAGAGAGAAUUAGACGAGUCAAGAAGAAAAGGCAGUAUAAAAGGAACUAAAGCCACUGAUGAAGAAAAAUAAUGACUGGGAUCUUAGAUACUUAAUUUAUACACUCAUUCCUUGUUUUUAUUUCUCAUGAUGAAAGCAAUCUUCUUUUUUUGUUUUUAUAUGUUUGUUUCACAGAACAGAGCCACCUUAAAAAUUCAUAUGGUGUUAUUACCUAAUGCACAAAACCAGUAUUUUAUGUUAAUGUAUGCUUAUUAUUGUUUAUAUUGCCUUGUCCGUCAGCUCCACAUCUCCCGUUUAAUAUGUAAUUCUCACUAUAGGGCUUUCAAUUUUACCCGAUUUCAUUUGACUAAUUAUCAGUAGCUGAAAUCAUCGGUAAUUUGGCCUUUCAAAAUUUUUGGACUCACACCCAUAUAUUUUUUGCCGAAUGAUUUUUGUAUGUUAGUUUUGUUGUUUUAUCACAACAUUUUUUCAUUGUAACAAGCAACCCUUCAUAGGUUAAGCUCAUUCCAUUAAUCUUGUUUAUUUUUAAACUUCAAAAUUAGUGUUUACUUAUAGAUUGAUGUACUGCUUUUAACAAUCUGCAUUGUCAUAGAAAGCCAUGAAAUCUAUAAGAAAUAUUAGCCAUGUGAAUUUAAUGAACUAUGUUUGAUAACUUUGGGCUUCUAUAAUAUAUUUGAACAAAUACUAGAUAUUCCAAUCUGCCACACAGACUUUCCCAUAAAUUUGUUUACCUCAUGACAGAAAAUGUCUGACUCAACAUUGCAACAAUGAUUGUUAUAUAUGUCAAUAGUUCAAGUGUAGCCGAUCCGAAACAGUGAUAAGGUAUAUGUAUCAUUGUAAUUAUUCCAAAUGAGCCUACUGGGCCAGUUUGAGAUUUCUUACAAGGAAGAGUUAACCAUGACACCAUGUUAUAAGUUAUUUCUAUUUUCGGAAGGGAGGAAGGGAGGGGAAUAAAACAUAAGCACGGUCCUGAUAAUGAAAUAUAAUUUGUCAGCCUUUCCAGAGCAAAAUUAACGUUUUACUUUUAUGUCCAGCAAGAAGUAUUUUUAAGUAAGUGCUGGUCAUCUCUGAGGCAAAAUAAUGUGUCUGGGUAAGGUGUCAUAUCUUUUAGAGGUUGUUACCAAAUAGAGUUAACACUUCAAAAAUCAAUAUCAGCAUAAUGGUAUAGUUUUAUGAGGUUUCAUUUAAAUUGGAUUUAAUUUUUAUCUUUCUGGAUCUGUAAGCCAUUGCAACCAAAUGUUAAUUACUGUUAACUUUUUUCAUGGAGUUUUAAUUUUGAAAAUUCUAGGUUAACCCUGAAGUUUUAUUUUCAUGUUUUUUCAUGUCCCUGAUUCCAGUCUUCUUAAAUUUACAGGGUAGGAUAUUGUAGCAAUUUAAUCUUAUUAUUAAAUCCCCAAAUACAGGAAAGUUAACCGUCACGAAAAUAUUUCUCUUUACCGUGUUACACUUGUCAAUAAUUCAAUCAAUUUCAGAGCAUAAUGCUAUAUUUUAGUUAAAGACAUUAUGCAUGUAAUAUUGACUUUUAUUCAUUUACAUUCAUGUAUGAUUGCAUAAAGUAAUGUGUGGUUACAGCUUUCUCAAUUCAAAUUACAUAAGAAUCAAAAUUACAGAACGUUUUAAAUACUCUUGUUUUUUUUUUUUAUUAAGCUACCAAACUUCAAUCUAAUUAUUAAGUCAUGAGUUGUAAAUCAGAUUAGAUAAAAAAAUAAACAUAAUGCUAUACUUAACAAGAAUCUUUUUCAUUUAUGGAUCACUAUUAAUUUCAAAAACUUUUGUUUUUCAGGAAUUUUUAUGCUCAAGCAUAUUGUGAUAGAAUUCAGAAAACUAGGCUUUUAUAAUUGUAAAUUCUCAAAAGUAAUUGAGAAUUUGCAAAACUAAGGCUUGCUUAUUGUAAAUUCACAAAUAAAUAACAAUUUCAUGAGUUUAAUGUAAAUAUAUUAGGAAAUGUAAUGCUUUUUUCAAAUUUAUUACAAAAUUUCAGACUGAGAAUGUUGAAGUUUUUUUUUUUCAAAACAGAAAACAAAAGCAAAUCAAAACCACUACCUCUUAUUAGAAAUUUAAAAGUUCAUAUACAGAGUAGAAUAUAGUUUAUUUUCUUCUCCCUUUAAUAAGUGGUUAUUUUGAAGGGUUGUAAUUGUUAAGAAUUGCUUUAUAAAUAAUACAAUAACAUGCAUUUAAUAUUUAGGUUGUGUAACAUUAGUCAAAAGUAUUUUUAUACUGCUGUAUCAUUUUUGUUAAGAAUUGGCGUAAUAUAAAACCAUGUAUCUACUAGAAUAUCAGUGUGAUAUCCUCCUAAUUUGUUUAUUUUUCCUUUUUUCUGUAUUUUUAUAUGUAGUUAUAAUUAUUGCUCCUCACAAAUUUUUAAUUUCUUAUCAGUAGCAUACAUAUUUGUUAUAACUUCCCUCUGAAUAAAAACUAAUUCAUGAGUUACUUUCCUCUGAAUAAAAACAAAUUCAUGAGUUACUUCCCUUUGACAGUAGAACAGUAAAAUCAGAUUAAAAGUGAAAUGCAUUGAUUGAAGUUAAUGCAUAAAACAUUUGUUAUUACUUGCAAUGUUCGUAAGAAUAUUGUGCUAAUUUUACCACUGAUGAUGUCUCAAAAUAAAUAAACCAGGAAAUAUGAUGAACAAUAUAAUAAUAUUUUGUUUUUAAGUUCAGGGCAGGUCCUGUGAAAUGUUUUGUUUUGUGCUGCACAAUUUAGAAAUGUAUAUUAAAUAUUUAUAUUAUAGUACUAAAAUAUUGUGUCAAUUAAAAGAUUCAAGAGAUAGCUUUCUAGGCUUAAAACUGACAAAAGUCAAGUCAAUGCCAUGUAUAGUAAUGUAUUAUGAAGUCCUUUGCCGUAUUCAUACUGUCUUUGUAAAUGGAGGAAUUUUAUGUUAACGUUUGCAACUGUACUAAUUUAUAUUCAUAACACUUGAUUUUUGUGCUUUAAUAAAUGUAGAAAACAGAGAGCUUGGUUAAUGUAAGUUUUUUUUAUAAUUAUGUUUAUUUGAAAGGAGUGCUAAUAAUUUAUACACAUUUUUAAUGAAGAGGUCAGUUGAAACCCUGUUUGUACCAACUUCAUAUUGCUAACACAACACAGCUUUUAUUGGUCCAUUUUUAAUUAAGAAGUUAUAAAUAUUUUCUAAGUUCUUAUCAUUUAUUAUAAUAACAGGAAACCUAACAAUUUCCUUUUUCGCUUUCUUGGGAGAUUGUAAUCCUCACUAGAUAAAUAAGUUUUUUAAAAAGGGAAGGAAUGGAAGGUUUUAGAAAGACAAACGCCAUCAAAAUGGUAAAAACUCAGGAAAAAUGAAUAAACCUUGAUUUUUUUUGUCAUUUUACACAUGUAAUUAGUGACAACUACUACACAUUGCUUAAUUCAAAAAGAAUAAAUUUGUGUUUUACCAAGAAAAUAUUUUUUUUAAUAUAAUGUACAUUUAUAUUUGGCUGUAGUGAUCUUUAGACAUUUGUUACAUUAGAAUAUCCAUAUGCCAUGCUUUCCUAAUUUCAAAACAACAGUCUGUUAAAGAAUUCUCUGUUUAUGUGUGGUUACUAUAUCUUCUUAUGCUUACAUCAUUUGUGUCCUCAAAGGCCUACACAUGUUGAAAAUGAAAAAUCUUGUUUGCUAGAAUAAGUGUCAUGCUAAUGAAAUAUUAUACUCCAACUCUACCCACCCUCUCCUUGGUCGGUAUACCACAAUGAUUUUGUCCGUCCGUCUGUUACUAUUGUUACAUGUUACUCAACUGCUGUGUUAUGGAAUGAUAUUUGGUCAGGAACUUUAUAGUGUUGAGAUGUAGCAUCAUCAUGUGAAAGAUUUUCCAAUCUAUCAGGCAAUACUUUGAAUUUUUUUUUUUUUACCAAGGUAAACAAAAAAACUAGCAUCUAUAUAAAACUCUGUGUUGUAGUCAACAUCAGUCCAUAUAACCUGUAAAAUUUGGGACAAAUUAAUUUUAGUUAAUUUAGGCAGGAUCUGGGGUUUUUAAAAAACACCUAUGAAAUCAAUUUUAUGAAAUACCAAUAUCUUUUUAUAGAUUUCUGUGUCAUUCUAACUACUGUUAACCAUUGACUGGUUUAUUUAUUAGCUCUAAGGAUGACUCCAGGAUUUAUUUUGUGCAAUGAAGAUUAUGGAAAUUGAUGUAGAUUUUAGUUUUUGUAUAAUUCAUUAUCUUCAUAAGUACAAAGAUAUGAGUGUUAUAUAUUCACUAACUAAAUAUUCUGUUAUUUAAAACUUUGUAUAUUAAUGAUAUAAGUUUGAUAGAUUUCCUUAAGUUAUGAGCAUACAUUAGUUAGUUGAGCAGCAGCCCAGAAAUUUUUUAAAGCUAAAAAACAUAUAAAAUGCAAAGACAACAGGUUCCAGUCUUUUUUGUGAAAUAUAAAUAUCGCAUUAUUACAAGGUUUAAUUUCAUAUAAAACUGAAGAAAACUUAAUGGUUGCAUGCAAAUGUUCUCUUAUUUAAAGUCAUUUUGAUAAUAAAAAAAAAAAAUCAUUAUAAUUUUUUGUGCAUUUUAGAUUAAAAAUAACUCCUGAUUACUGGUACUCAUUAUUAUUUCUGUAUGUUUUAUUAUUUAAAUAUAAGACUAAGAAGCACAACUAACUAAAAUGGAAUUUACUCAGCAUAUUUUGUUUACAUUUCAUUAAAUGUUUCUGCUGAUUUAGUGAUGUUUACUGCUUAGCUUCUGAAGAAGACAGAGUAAUACACCUUAUCGCUAUUUGUCCGCCAUUACUGGCCAUCACACAGGUUCCCGUAAAAUUUUGACGUCACAAUACAAAAUAUCUGACGCCACAAUGGAAAAGUGAUUGUUGUAUGACGUCAAUAGUUCAAGCGGGACAGAUUCUCGGGUCAGCCGGGAAUAGCGAUAAGGUGUAUAAAAAUGGUUUAUAACAAUAAAUGAAUUCUACUUAUGGUGAAAAGAUUAUCUUAAAAAUUUCAACUACUUUUUUCAAAGUAUCUAAGAUAUUUUUUUGUGUGCACCAUUCAUAAGUUAAAACCAUUAGAAGUAUUCACCAACCACCAAAACAUACUUUAAACAAAUUGAGUACACAAAGGUCAGUUAAAAUGUAAAUUAUCUAUUGGCUGAUAGAUGAACACUGUCAUAAUCAAGUUUUUAUAGCUGUUGAAGGAUUUGGUUUACAGAAUGGAGCACAUCUUUGUGUUAUGAUUUUCUGGGUGGACUGAUAACGUAAAAAAAUCACAUGGACUAACGGGGUUCAGAAUACAAACCAUAUUUAUAUAGAUCCAUGAAAACUAUUGCUGAUUUUUAGUAAAACGAGAUAUUUUCUGUAGCUAUUUAUUUUGUACAUGUCAUAUUUCACAAUCAUGUCAAAAAUAUUUGUUUAUGUCUAGAUGAAUAAAUACUACUGAGUCAG